CUAUCCAAUCCACUUUUUAAAAGAUAGCUUUCGAUAUUCAAAUCUAUCAAAGGCACACACCCAAAAGAGAGACCAUGGUCCAUGUAAUUGGAAACAGGAAGUUGUGCACACCUUUCACUCAUGGCCAUGGAGAGUGAGGUAGUAGAGAGAAUCUAUGCCCACCAUCUGUUCGAUCAGUGAAUGGCCAAGCAAAAGGGUCCCACCCAAAAAAACUAUCCACCCCACCAUAAUAUCCCCAUAGAAACCUAAAUACCAAAAAACAAAAAACCCAAACAUUACAAUACACCAUCCUCUGCCACAACCAUCACCACCAAAAAUAAACCUUCUCAGUUCUCACUCUGCUCCUCCCCCUUGUCUUCUCUUCACCAAUAAUUUAUUCCACACUCUGAACAAGUAAAACCCAAACCAAAUCAAACCCCUCCAACAAUUUUCUCAUUUUCAUUUUUUUAAUCUUCAUCAUCAUCAUCUCUCUACUAAAGUCCAAUCCCAAGCACCUGGUUCCCAGAUAACGCUACAUUUUAUUUAUUUACCCUCUCCCCCUAUAAUAUUAUUAAUUAUUUCUUUAUUUAUUUUAUUUAAUAUCACACACUCUACUUAUUUAUUAUAUUAUUAUUGUGAUUAUUAUAUAUAUGCUCGCCGGCGAUGCCGACGCCGGUCAGCAUAGCGAGGCAAUGCUUAACCGACGAGGCCGCGCGUGCACUCGACGACGCGGUCGCCGUCGCGCGCCGCCGCAGCCACGCACAGACGACGUCGCUCCACGCCAUCUCCGCCCUUUUAGCGCUCCCCUCCUCCGCCCUGCGCGACGCGUGCGGCCGCGCGCGCUCCGGCGCCGCCAGAUUCUCCGCCACGUACUCGCCGCGCCUCCAGUUCCGCGCGCUGGAACUCUCCGUCGGAGUCUCCCUCGACCGGCUCCCGUCGUCGAAGUCCACUGCCGGCGGCAGCGACGAGGAGCCGCCGGUGUCGAACUCUCUGAUGGCGGCGAUUAAGCGGUCUCAGGCGAACCAGCGGCGGCACCCGGAGAGCUUCCACAUGUUCCAGCAGAGCCAGCAGGGAACGACAACGACGUCGUUUUUGAAAGUUGAACUAAAGCACUUCGUUUUGUCGAUCCUCGAUGACCCUAUCGUGAGUCGCGUUUUCGCCGAAGCAGGGUUUCGAAGCUGCGAUAUAAAACUCGCGUUGCUCCAACCGCCUCUACCUCCGGUUCAGCACCGGUUCAACCGGUCGCCUCCGGUUUUUCUCUGUAACCUCGACCCGGCCCGGCCUGACGAAAAUAUUCGCAGGAUCUUGGAAGUUCUCGCGAGAAAAAACAAGAGAAACCCUUUGCUUAUGGGUGUUUACGCAAAGAAUGCUCUGAGGGGUUUCGUUGAGAUGGUUCGGAACGGAAGAGGAGGUUCGGUGUUAGGUUCGGAGUUGAGGGUUGUCUGUUUGGAGAGGGAGAUUGGGGAGUUUGUGAAAAAGGGUGGUUGUGGGGAAGAGAAAUUUGGUGUGAGGUUGAAGGAGUUGGAACAAUGUGAGAGUUCUGGUUCUGGGGUUGUUGUUAGUUUCGGGGAGAUUGAGGUUUUUUUAGGGGAUGAUGUGGAUGUUGAUGCUGUUAGGUUCGUUUUUUCGGGUUUAACGAGGUUGUUGGAGAUUCGUGGUGAAAAGGUUUCGUUGCUGGGAGUGGCGGAAACUUCUCAUGCUUAUUCGAAGUUGUUGGGUUUGUUUCCUAAUGUGGAGAACGAUUGGGAUCUUCAUUUGCUUACUGUUACUUCCGCCACUCCUUCAAUGGAAGGACUCUACUCUAAAUCCAGCUUGAUGGGGUCCUUUGUUCCAUUUGGUGGGUUCUUUUCUACACCUGAAAUCAGAAGUCCCGUAAGCUGUACAAAUGCACCUUUUACCCGUUGUGACACAUGCAAUAAAAAAUGUGAACAAGAAGUUGCAGAUCUUCUGAAGGUAGGUCCUUCAUCUAGUAACUCAACGAGCUCACCCUGGUUACAAAAGGUUGUUAAUGUGGAGACGCAUAGAGGGUCGGAUGCGGCAAAGACUAAUGAAGAAAACACAAGUUUGAAUGAUAAGAUCUUGGGAUUUCAAAAGAAAUGGAAUGAUAUUUGUCAGCGUCUUCAUCACACAAGUUCACUACCUCAAUUUGAUAUUUCUCAAACAAGGUCCCAAUCUCCAACACUUGAGGUUUCACGCUUUGGUCCGGAUUUUAAGGAAAGCAGCAGUAAAGACCCAUCACACAAUGAAUUCCAAUAUUCUAGUCAAAUUUCCUACAUGCCCAAAGAGUUGCAUGGUAUUUUUCCAUCAAAGCAGUUAUCUGUUCCAUUACCUUCUGAUACAGUCAGCAUUAAUACUGGAACUGAUCAUGUUCUAAAAGUUUCAGAGACACUGCAAAUUCACAUGAAGACCCCUUGGGCUGCCCCUUCCCUUAUGGCCAAUAAGAGUGUGCUUGACCACAGAUCAUCUUCAUCCCCUACUCGUGUGACCACAGAUUUAGGAUUGGGAACGUUAUAUACAUCAACUGCUCAGGAUCCAGAUACCCCAAAACUGCAAGAUCAAAGAAAGCAUCUUCAGCGCUUGUCAGAUUCUGUUUCAACUGAUUGUGAUGGUACGAAUGAAAAUACUUCUCACCGAACUGCUAGAUCUUCCUGCUCUGGUUCAAAUUUGGAAGGAAAAUUUGAUUUAGCAGAUUUCAAGUCUCUUAAUCGACUUCUCAAUGAAAAGGUUGGCUGGCAGGAUCAGGCCAUACGUGCUAUCAGUCAAACUUUGUCCCUUUGUAAAUCUGGUGCAGGAAAGCGUAGAGGCUCACAUGGUAGAGCAGACAUAUGGUUGGCUUUCCUUGGACCAGAUAGACUUGGAAAAAGGAAAAUUGCUUCAGCUCUUGCAGAGACUAUAUUUGGAAACCCUGAAAGCCUAAUCUCUGUGGAUCUGGGCUUCCAGGAUGGCUUUUACCCAUUGAACUCGGUUUUUGAAUACCAAAAAUCACGUUGUUAUGAUGUGCUUAGGAGGAAGACAAUUUUGGAUUAUAUUGCUGGGGAGUUGAGUAAAAAACCCCAUUCUGUUGUCUUUCUUGAAAAUGUAGAUAAAGCUGAUGUUUUGGUGCAGAAUAGUUUGUUGCAGGCAUUAAGAACAGGAAAAUUUUCAUAUUCGCAUGGAAGGGCGAUUAGCAUCAAUAACACUAUCUUUGUUGUAACCUCAACUGUCUGUAAAGGUAAUGACUCUUUUGUUUUGGAAGAGUCUAAGAUGUUUUCUGAGGAAAGAAUGCUUGAAGCCAAAAGAUGCCAAAUGCAAUUAUUAAUUGGACGUGCUUCUGAGGAUGCCAAAAGAAUUGGUGGCACAAAUGUUAAGGUUGUACCCAGAAAAGGGUUUUCCAAAUCAUCAUCUCUGAACAAAAGAAAGCAGGCUGAUAUUAGUGACUCCAAGGAGGGAGCAACAAGCAAGAUGCAGAAACAAGACAGCGAGGCAUCUCGAUCCUUUCUAGAUCUAAAUAUGCCUGUAGAGGAGGGUGAAGAGGGUGUCAAUGACAAUGACCAUGAAAGUGAAUCCAUGUCAGAAAACACAGACGCCUGGUUGAGUGAUUUCUUUGAUCAAAUUGACGAGAAAGUGGUUUUUAAGCCAUUCAAUUUCAAUGAGCUUGCUGAGCAAGUAUUGAAAAGAAUUGGCAUGCUAUUUCAAAGGACAUUCGGCUCAGAGCUUCAGCUGGAAAUUGAUCAUGAGGUAAUAGCAUACAUACUCGCAGCUGCUUGGUUAUCAGACAAGAAAAAUGCAGUGGAGGAUUGGAUUGAACAUGUUCUUGGCAAAGGCUUCGUUGAAGCUCAGCAGAAGUACCAUCCUGCAGCUCAAUAUGUAGUGAAACUGGUUAAUUGUGAAUCCAUUUUUGUGGAAGAGCAAGCCCCUGAUGUAUGCCUUCCAGCUAGAAUUAACAUGGACUAAAUUUUUUGCUCUCUUUGUAUUGUUGUAAUCAGUUGUAAAAUGUAGCUUUUAGGAUAUAUAUAGCAUUUGGUAGUUGGUAGCGGUGUUCAGCUAAUUAAUCUCACUAUUUUUGUUUUCUUUAAAUCAUUGUGUUGUAAUUUCUAUGAUAAAUGAAUGUGUAAUUUUCUAUAUAUUAUACCUAUUUAAUACAUCCUUUUAUCCU